AUGGCGCAGAGUCUGGAGAUCAGGCCCACUGUGGUGGAUUUCCGCGAGGACAGCCCGUGGGUGAAGCUGGCCAAGGCGCACUGGCUCGAUGCGAAGGUUCGCAAGGUCAAACCAGAUGUGAUCGAACAGCAAUUGUGGAAUCCACUAGAAGCAGAGGGGUUCAGCAGUCGCUCGCUUCUGAUCUUGGAGAAUUUGAAUGUGCUUGAGAAGUUUCUUUGGCCGACGUACACCGAGGAUGCGUCAAAUCACCAUGUGCUCCUGAUUGCUUCUGUAGUCAGUGUCAAAUAUCGCGAGCAUCUUCCGAUCUGGGACAUUUUCUCCGAUCGUGGCGAUGACUUUUCCAGUCUCUUCCACCGUAUAUUGUCGAUGAGCCUUGAUCCGUCACUGCCUACUCAUUCACGAAUGUCGAUUAUCUCAUUCAUUAUCGGUGCCUUCCAAUCGCUCGAGAACGUCCUAAUCCGAAAGGAAUGCGCCCCGCUUGUUUCGAUAUCUAUUUGGCAUAAUUUGGGCAGCGAAGAUGCCAGAGAGCGCGUUGUUGCCAAAUCGCCUACUCUCAAGAAGGCAUGGAGAGCGGCAGGAAAGAGAUACGAUGCAGGAGACGAGGCCACGAAGGCAAAGAUGCGAUUCGAGCGAUCUUGGCUUUACACAAUGCUUCUGGAUUUCCUGAAGAAGCUGAACAGCCCUGAGAAGGAGCAGACUGACUGUUUACUUUAUUGCGAACGCUUUCUGGAACUCUUGAUCGAUCUUUUGAGCCAACUUCCAACACGACGAUAUGUGAACACUCUCUUGAAAGACCUCAACCUGCUGCCUGUCAUUCGGCUAUCGCUACUCUACCGCGUACCUGAGAAUGCUCUGCUCCGGGAUUUAUUUAAUCUUCUCAGGCACUUCAUUAAUUUCGCUAUCGAUGAUUACUCUGGCGAGGCCCUCUCCCCUCAGGCAGUUUAUGAUCUACAUUCCCAGGAGCUGGUGCGAUUGCAGCGAACCGCAAUGAAAUUCUUCAAGGAGAAGCUGAUGAUUCUCGCUCUCUCGAAUUUGGGAUCAAUCGAUCAACGCCCAGAGUUGGAAGGCCAGCUCUCCUCUUUAGAUGAAACUGAGCUCCAGAGCCUAUGUACCCACCUAGGUUUCCGGUCCUCGUAUCCCACCUUAUGCAACAUUACUCCGGACCGCCAACUGUAUCUGGAGAUUCUCUUGUUUUUCUUUGAGCGCAAACUUACCUUCCAGGAUGCCACUGCACAGUUGAGUAUCGUUCCAACGGAGGAGAGUCUUUACGAUCCAGCUUUGCUGAGAAAUGAAACCUACGAUGGAUCACGGCCUCUGGCGAUCCCGAAGCUGAAUCUUCAGUAUCUGAGCCUUGGAGACUUCCUUUGGCGAUCAUUUCUUCUUUACCGAUCCGAGGCGUUCUUCCAGAUCCGAAAAGACAUGGAAGGACUUGUAAAGCGCAUGCAGCCGCGAGGAAACCGUGAUGGAAGUUUGACAUUUGAGGGAUUCUCUCGAAUGGCCAUCCCAAUUUCUAAGCCCGCCAUCAUCGAGGUGGCUCCGGCCAAGGUAGGCUCUCCUAACCCUGCUUUUGUUCGCGCCGAGAUCGCACUCGAGGUAGGACGUCUCGCAGAUGGAGUUCGAAAGGAAUGGGAGGCCCUUCGCCCAGAUGAUGUUGUCUAUCUCCUUGCUGUUCAGUCAGCCCCUCCGACACAGCUGGGUAUUCGUGAUCAAAAUGCCGAAGGCCCUCGCAUGACUUACCUCCGCACAGCAGAGAUCGUACAAGUUCUUGAUGAACAAGGCCGCCCGCUGCGACACCCAACUGGUGGCCAGACCAAUGGAUACCAUUCUCGCCCGCGCGUACGCAGACUGCUCGUCAAUUUGGACGCUUCGGUGUUCAAGACAGACAAGGAUCGUCAGCUACAAGGCAAGGCCGAUGUUUAUCCUUUGAUCAAUGUCAUUGCGCGUAGGAAGGGCAGAGAGAACAAUUUCAAGUCGAUCCUCGAGACGAUGCAGAAGCUUAUUGUUUCGGAUAUGACACUUCCUUCCUGGCUUCAGGAUAUUUUCCUUGGAUAUGGAGACCCUGCCGGUGCGCAGUAUACACAACUGUCGAAUCGGCUUCAAUCUGUCGAUUUCCGGGACACUUUUCUGGAUUGGUCACACCUGGUGGAGAGUUUCCCUGGCAAGACAAUUGAACCAUCGGGGCCGGAGUCUUCAAGCUUUGGGCCUCCUUAUGUUCUCGAGUCUGUUGAGAGCGAAGAAAUUUCUGCUGCUCCUCCGUCAAAGAAAAAUCGCCGAGAGAAAGCAGUACAACCCGAGCAAGCUACUUCAACGAUGCGUGUGUCAACAUAUAGACCACCGAAUCCCGGUCCAUACCCGGUUGAUGCCCCCAAGCUAAACAGUGUCCGCUUUACGCCAGCUCAGGUGGAGGCAAUUGCAUCUGGAACCCAGCCGGGUCUUACUGUCAUUGUGGGACCUCCUGGUACUGGAAAGACCGAUGUUGCGACCCAAAUUAUCAACAACCUCUACCAUAACUUCCCCAACGAACGCACCUUGCUCAUUGCACACAGUAAUCAAGCGCUCAAUCAGCUCUUCCAGAAGAUCAUCGCCCUAGACAUUGAUGAACGCCAUCUUUUGCGAUUGGGUCGUGGCGAGGAAGAAUUAGAUACCGAUACCAACUACAGCAAAUAUGGACGGGUCGAAUCUUUCCUUGAUAAUAGGAAUAUCUAUCUCUCUGAGGUUAUGCGACUUGCAGCAUCGAUUCAAGCAGAGGGUGCCCAUGGAAACUCGUGUGAAACGGCGGGCUAUUUCAACACCGUCUACAUCCAACCGGCCUGGGCGAAGUUCUGGGAUCGAGCCAAUACCGAAGAAGUCUCGAAUGAGGAGAUCAUCACUUCUUUCCCGUUCCAUUUAUACUUCUCCAAUGCUCCACAGCCUCUGUUUGAUGCGCAGGCUUCUAAAGAAACGCUUCUAGACGUGGCUUCGGGCUGUCAACGACACAUUGAGCGGAUUUUCUCCGAACUUGAAGACAUUCGGCCGUUUGAGAUUCUGCGUCAACCCCGAGACAGGGCCAAUUAUCUUCUUAUUAAGGAAGCUCGGAUCAUCGCCAUGACUUCCACCCACGCCGCUAUGCGCCGACAAGAAAUUGCGGAUCUCGGCUUCCACUAUGACAAUGUCAUCAUGGAAGAGGCUGCCCAAAUCACUGAGAUUGAAAGCUUCAUACCCACUGCUCUUCAGAGUAUGAAGAAUGGUGAGCUUCCUCUUAAGCGGGUCGUCCUUUGCGGAGAUCAUUAUCAGAACUCUCCGAUCAUUCAAAACAUUGCUUUCCGCCAGUACGCACACUUUGAGCAGAGCUUGUUCCUUCGCCUGGCGCGUCUAGGCGUUCCUGUGAUUACCCUUGAUAAGCAGGGCAGAUCCCGACCUAGCAUUGCUGAACUCUUCAGGUGGCGCUACCAGGAACUUGGCGACCUCCCGGUUGUCGAGACGGCCGAAGAGUACAAGCAAGCCAAUGCCGGAUUCCAGUUCGACUAUCAGUUUAUCAACGUGCCUGACUACCAGGGCAACGGCGAGCGAGAACCGACACCGCACUUCAUCCAAAACUUGGGUGAAGCAGAGUAUACAGUUGCGUUGUAUCAGUACAUGCGUUUGCUGGGCUACCCAGCCGAAAAGAUCUCGAUUCUAGCCACGUAUGCUGGGCAGACGGCUUUGAUUCGCGAUGUCUUGAAUCACCGCUGUGCUAAGAAUUCGCUCUUCGGAAUGCCUAAGAUUGUGACCACCGUGGAUAGAUAUCAAGGAGAGCAGAAUGAUUAUGUGAUUCUAUCCCUCACCCGCACUCGCACUGUGGGCUACUUGCGCGACGUCCGUCGUCUCACUGUUGCCCUCUCUCGUGCCCGUUUGGGACUGUACAUUCUUGGACGUCGUGAAGUCUUUGAAUCGUGCUAUGAGCUUAAACCUGCAUUUGACAAGCUACUUCAGCGCCCUGACAAGCUUAUGCUUGCCCCGGGUGAGAUGUUCCCCACUACACGAGCGCUGGACGCUGUCACCGAGGGCACUCCCAUGGAAGGACUUGAACACCUUGGCCAGUACGUCUUCGAGAUGACCCAGGCCAAGGUAAAGGCCAUGGGUGAUGGCGAGAUGGUUGUUGAUGAAGAAGCACCUGAUGGCGAAGAGGGCCUUUUGGAUGAAGAUGAGCAGAUUCUGGGUGCCGACGAUGAUGAGAAUAUUGUAUGA